AAGGUUUAUUAUAGUAUGUUUUCUCUAUUUUUGCCCUUUUCUGUUAGUCCUUGCUCGAAGAGAAAAGAUCUCCGAGAAUAAGUGCAGAUGUGUACGUGCAUCUAGAUAUAUAUAUAUAUAACAUCGUUAGUAAUAAUAUGUGGAAUAAAUCGAUAUCUGGCCUUUUGUCUCUUUCUCUUGCUUUUCCUUCGAUGUAGAGAUAUGUUAAUUGACAUGCAUAUUUGUUCAAGUGGUGCUGCUAUUGGCAUUAUUGGUCUUCGUGAAUAA